CUCUGCCCCUCCCUCUGCCCUCCCUUCUCUGGAUAACUAUUAACACAUAAAGCCACUAUAAAGUGCUGCUCACAUGGACACAGCUACAACCCUUCAACAGAGGACAUCAGUCAGCCAUCUACAAUCUAGAGGACAUCAGCCAGCCAUCUACAAUCUACAGGACAAUAACCAGCCAUCCACAAUCUCUCUGUGUGUAACUAUGAGGGGAAUUGUCCUUCUCUUUCUGCUGUCUCUCUGGCCUGGAGGCAACGUGGAUGCUAUCAAUCAAGAGGUCUUGGCUAAUGUGGUACAAGAGAUGAGAAGGUUCGGCCUGGAGAACCGCCAGUAUGCCAUGGCUGUCUUACUCACCCAACAGCAGUGCACCCAAAAUGGAGCAAUCUUUGAUGUAGGCGUGCAACCUCAGGUUGUCCAGAAGAGACUACAGGAUUAUAGUGUCUACAUAGGAGACCGGCUCAUCGCAGCCAUACCUGACACCUACCAUGCUGAGUACCUUCUCUUGGGGCAUGAUAAAACCAACCCCAGCAGAAUGCAGACUCUGUUAACAGCAGCAAAGCCCAAUGACUGCAUCGUCUUCUUCUCCAACUACUCUCCCUGCCUGGAGAGAUGCAACGUCCCUAAUGGAGCAACCAGCAUUCUGCCCUUCAUGACCGUCUUCAACGGCAGGAACGCCAACCAGAUGGCCUUUGUCUUCUCCUCGGUUUGGGACCCUUCAAGGCACCAUACAGGAGUGACCAAACCGACUAAGCAGCAGGUGUUUGAGUCCUUCCAGAGAAUAGAAAUAUACCUCCCUUUAUAUCGUUGUGUCAGAUUCAAGGAACAAAACACAUGUUACCGUUGUGUCACUGCCAACACAAAUCCUGAGACCAAUGACUGUCUGUAUGGAUACUAAUAGUGUACACUGUCUCAAUGGUGGAAAUAUAGAAAUGUAUAUUUUCUUUCUCUCUCUCUGUCCAUCCCCCUCUCUCUGUCCAUCUCUCUCUCUGUCCAUCUCUCUCUCUGUCCAUCUCUCUCUCUGUCCAUCUC